AUAUGCUUAAGGGGCCUCUCCACUUAUUGCCAAUUUGUUUUGAGUUGGAUGCUCAAACAGUUCCAUCCUUGACUGCAAGCUUUAUCCUAUUUGCAGCCCCUCACUCCAAAAUUAAUGAUUAUGCUUCAAAAAUCUGCUUUCAAAACAUUUCAUCUUUUGUUUGCUCUCUGAACUUUGAUGUUUAUCUGUUAUGAAGUAUGCAGUGUGGACAUAGCGACAAAAUUGAAUUUUUACUGCACUCAUUUUCUCCUUAAUGUAGCAUCCACCUUGGGGCUUGUAGUUUGGGUAGCACAUCUGUGAUUAAAACACAAGUGCUUUCAUAUGUUUGAUAGGUGUUGAUGGAUAGCAUUAUGAUUGCAGAUGGGAAAGCGCGACCUUGUUUUCACUGCUUUUUGGAGGUAUCUGCUUCUUCGGAAGCCAGCGGCUUAUCGGAGCAGUAAAUGGGGUUCUAGUAUUUGGUAUCGUCAUUUCUUUCACAGUUCUUGUGUUGCAAGUGGUGACUUGCACUGGGAUGCUCUUCUGAAAGCAAACUUUGAAGCUGCUCCUCUUAGUAUACCCAUAAUUGCUUUAUCGUUCGUUUAUCAGAAUGUAGUGCCUGUUAUUUGUACGAAUCUUGAAGGAAACCUGUCAAAAGUAAGGACUGCAAUUGUUCUAGGCACGGCUAUUCCCCUUGCUCUGUUUCUUGUCUGGGAUGCUGUUAUUCUCGGGUCACUCACAAACCUUGAAACAAGUUCAGAUAAGAUUGCUGACCCACUACAACAAUUGCGGUCUACAAAUGGAGUUGUUGGGUCAAUUGUGGAUGUAUUUUCACUUCUCGCUAUUGGAACUUCUUAUAUCGGCUUUGUUCUGGGCCUUUCCGACUUCCUUACUGACUUGCUGAAAAUCCCAUCUGGACAUAGCAGGCCUCUGACAUACCUACUGACUCUAAUUCCACCAUUGGUCUUAUCAUUGCUAGAUCCAGAGAUUUUCUUCAAAGCAUUGGAUUUUGCUGGAACCUAUGGAGUUUUGGUGCUGUUUGGAGUUCUUCCUGCUGCAAUGUCUUGGUCAGAUCGGUACUCAGAUUCAUCCGCCGAGUCUCUGAAACUACCCCAGUUGGUUCCUGGAGGAAGGCUCACCCUUUCUCUUGUUAUGGGAGGUGCAGGAUUUGUAAUUCUUUCGGAAAUAAUUGAGAACUUUGGGCAUGCGUAACUCUCAGGAAUGUUGGUGAUUCCUCUGGCUAGAGUUGCACUCUUCCUAAAACAAUCCCAUUAGGACAAAGCUGGUUCUGUUGUAUUUGGAUUUUCUUUUCACCCUCUUUUGGUUAAUUGUAUUAAGUUGCAGCUGACUGUAUACUAAUUUGAUUUUUCACUGCAUGUUACCGUUCAAU